GUCUCGCGUCGUCACUGAGCUGUGGCGUUGCGAGUGAUGGCGCGGCGAGGAGGCGCGCUUGCCGCCGCCGCCGUCGACGUCGUCGGCAGCGUGCUGGUGGUUUGCUGCCUCUGCUGGUGCGCCGUGCAGCCGGCGUUGGCCGGUGGCGUCGGCGGCGGCGGCGGCGAUGGUGGGAUGAGGUGCAAGUACAACGCCAUGUUCGUGUUCGGGGACUCGCUGGCGGACACGGGGAACAUCUGCGUGAACAAGUCGGCGGCGGCGACGCUGCUGCUGACGUUCGCGCAGCCGCCGUACGGGAUGACCUACUUCGGCCACCCCACCUGCCGCUGCUCCGACGGCCGCCUCGUCGUCGACUUCCUCGCGCAGGAGCUGGGGUUGCCGCUGCUGCCGCCGUCGAAGCGGAGCGCCGGCGGCGGCGACUUCCGGCGAGGCGCCAACAUGGCCAUCGUCGGCGCCACCGCCCUCGACUUCGACUUCCUCAAGUCCAUCGGCCUCGGCUACCCGAUCUGGAACAACGGCGCCAUGAACGUCCAGCUCCAGUGGUUCCACCAUCUUCUCCCCUCCAUCUGCGCCACACAACCACAGGGUUGCAGAGCCUACUUGUCCAAGUCACUCUUCCUGUUCGGCUCGCUCGGCGGCAACGACUACAACGCCAUGCUGUUCUUCGGCUUCACCGUCGAUCAGGCCAGGAAUUACACGCCCAAGAUCGUCGACACCAUCAUCACCGGCGUCGAGAAGCUGAUUGCGAUGGGCGCGGCGGAGAUCGUGGUGCCGGGGGUGAUGCCGGUGGGGUGCUUCCCGCUCUACCUGACCAUGCUCCGGAGCAGCAACGAGUCGGACUACGACGAGCACGGAUGCCUCCGGCCGCUCAACGAUCUGGCCAUCCACCACAACGCGCUGCUGCAGGCGAGGCUCGCCGGACUCCAGGCCAGGUACAGGUCGGCGGCGGCGGCGGCGCCGGCGCCGGUGAGGAUCAUGUACGCCGACUACUACACCAUGGUCGCCCAGAUGCUGCACACGCCGGCGCGCUUCGGGUUCAGGAGCGGGAUGACGGCGUGCUGCGGCGCCGGCGGCGGGGAGUACAACUACGAGUUCGAGGCGCGGUGCGGGAUGAAGGGCGCGGCGGCGUGCCGUGACCCGUCGAGGCACGUGUGCUGGGACGGCGUCCACACGACGGAGGCGGCGAACCGGCUCGUCGCCGGCGGCUGGCUCAGGGGACCCUACUGCCACCCUCCCAUCCUGCACCACUAGAACCAUCGAUCAACUGCACCACCUGCCGCCGCCAUGGAUGGAUGCAUGAACCAAACCAAGAAAACACUAGGCUUAAUUAAUAAUCAAUCAAUUAAUCAUCAUCUCUUGAUCCAAGUCAAGUGUAGCCGCAGAACGAACUGCAAAUUUGCAAAAUCGAUAUGGAAGAAAUGAUUUUAAUUAGUCCGUACUAAUUGGACACUUAA